CUUUUGAUGGCAAGAAAAAAGAUCGAAAACUCCUGGCUGGAUCCCAUACUCUCCUGGCUCUGCUUUUUAGGGUCAUCAGUACAUAUAAUAAUUCUUCUUUCCCGAUCUUCUUCCCCCUUUUGCGCCAUAUCUGUUGUUCUUGCUGUAAGGAUUGAACCAUCAAUGCUGCUUUCAUGGCUGCUGUUGGUGCCCAGCUUCUUCUUGACUCGUUCGAUUCUGGCGAUGCCCAGCAGCAUCAUCCCUCUCACCGGGCCAUGUCGAAACAGGUGUGGGAAUAUUCCGAUCAAGUUCCCGUUCGGCUCCGGCUUCGGGUGCGGACAUCCUGAUUUUUCUCGAUACGUCAAAUGUGGCUCAGGGGCGGCGCUUCAGCUUUCAACCGGCUCCGGGACUUACACAAUAUCGUCGAUCGACUACGCGGCCGCCACUCUCGUAAUUGCAGACCCUCUAAUGUCGACUUGCUCGUCGAUGCAGAAUUCCGGCAGCUUCAUUCUCGACGGCGGCAGCCCUUUCGGUGUGGCGGACGACAACAUAUUUGUUCUUGUCGGAUGCUCGACGACGUCGCCGGUGUUCGACAGGAACGCGGAUUUCUGCGACAGGGGUUCGGGGAUGAAGGUUUGUAGGGGUCUGUAUUCUUGCAAGGGGGUCGCCGGAAUUGGGCUGGAGCCGUACGCGCCGACGUCGACGUGCUGUGUGUACGAACCGCCGGCGAUUGGGUAUGGAAUUGAUCUUCCUAAGCUUCAGUGCUCAUCGUAUUCGGCGGUGUACGGAUUUGGGGGGAGCGAAGGAGACCCCAUGAAAUGGCAGUAUGGGAUCUCAUUACAGUACAACAACUCUAAUUAUUACACGAGUGCCUGCAAGAAUUGUGAGGACAGUGGAGGGAUCUGUGGCUUUUCUGCCAUGGACGGUAAUGAAGAUGAUCACUACUCCUUUUCUUGUAAAUGUCCCAAUGGUACCAACUCCACCAUUAAUUGCUAUGGCCGUGGAUAUGCGUGGAGCUGGGGAAGGAGACUGAAUAUUCCGACAGCAGUGAUUGUCGCAGUGGUAGUGGUUUCUUGGAUGGGGAGUUCAUUUUAAGAGCAGAGCAGCAGACAGCAAUGGAGGAGGGUGCAGUACAGUACAACAAAUUCCUGUUGAUUUUGCGUUGUGCAUCUGUUUGUUACCUCCCACCUUAAUAUAUAACAAACGAAUCCAACUAGCACCAUAUAGUUGUUUAUUUUAUUUAUUUCAUCUAGUAUUAAUUGUUCUUGAAAUAUAACUUGUCACAGUAUAUGAAACUAGUUUAUAUAAU